AUGGAGCGCACCAGAUGGCUCGACGGCCUACGCGGCAUAGCAGCCGCCAUCGUGGCCUUCGACCAUUUCUUCAUGAGCGAAGUGUGGCACCCGUUCGUCUCCUUCUGGACCGAUCCACCCGAAGGAAACAGGCACCUGGUCCAACUACCUCCUAUCCGGAUCUUGUUCUCCGCUCAUGGCAUGGUGACCCUUUUCAUGGUUAUCUCGGGCUAUGCCAUUUCAAUCAGCCUCCUGAAAGAUCAGAACAGCACCCAGUUCUUACCACGGGUAUCAUCUGCUAUCGUAAGGAGGGCUUUUCGGAUUUACCUCCCUGUCCUGGUGACGGCUAGUCUGGCGCAGGUUCUCUUCUUCUUCGAUCUGUUCCAUUGGCAAUUUGAUGAAGGCCUUUUGAAUGAUCUUCCUAAGCCUUGGACGGCCCCGUGGGCUCAUGUCAGAUGGUUGCUCAAUUUUAUGGCCGAUAGUAUGAAUGUUAUUGCUUUUGAGUAUCGUGGAAGCCUGAACGGCCAGCUUUGGACUAUGCCGCUUGAAUUUAGGGGGUCAAAUGUCGUCUACCUACUCAUUCUCGGUCUUUCGGCAUGGCGCGUGAGCUCAAGGCUCUACAUACUGCCAAUUAUCGCAAGUUUCUAUCUUUGGUAUGGGAAUUGGGAUAUUUUCGGCUUUGUCUGGGGCCUCUGGCUGGCCCAGAGAGCGUACGCUGUCUCUACAGCCUCGAAUGAGAAUCUCAAUGCCGAAUUCGAGAUGGCAGAGUUUGAAGAAAGCUCCAACAGCCCCUUCACCCUACCUUCCUGGAGAAGUCUAGGCUCGUGCGGCGGUAAACACCGAUACGUCAGCCUCAAAUCGAGAAAAUGCACCAAUUUCUCGCGCAUUGGGAUCGCACUCACAUUCGUUGCGGGCUACUACCUUCUCUGCCUCGGAAACGACGGUCACUUACCACCAGGAUACCAGUUCCUAUCCGUCCUCCAGCCCGCGCGCUGGAAGGAUAAUUGGGAUAUAUACCACUUCUGCUGGAAAUCGGUCGGGUCGGCUAUGCUGGUUUAUGCAAUUGGGGAAUUCCCAUGCAUGCAACGACCGCUCAAUACGCGGCUGGUUCAGUAUCUGGGGAAGAUCUCAUUUGCGUUGUAUCUGCUCCAUGAGACGAUUUAUCAACUGUGGAGAGAUCCAUUGCUGCAUCUUAUCUAUUCGACGCUGGCUGGGAGCCAGUAUGUUAGUAGUGGGGAGGCGUGGAUUGCGGAUCCGGUCUCGUUUCAUCUUGCUUGGUGGAUUACGGGGGUCAUGUUAGGUGGCGUGGCUGUCUGUGCGGCGCACUAUUAUACAAUCUAUGUGGAUAAUAGAUGCGUGGAAUUGGCUAAGAGAGUGGAUCGCUGGUUUAGCUCUUGA